GUACUCUUUUUCAGUGUGUACUCACAGCCACUGGAAUAUCUCUCCGAGCCUAUAAAUGGACAUCGAAAUCGAACUUCGAUUUCAUUCCAAACCAGUCUAUCCAACCAACUAAAGAGAGCAAAAGAAAAACUAAAGAGGGAAAUGGGUUCGAAAGCAAUUGUUUUCCUUGGCCUUUUUCUGGCCGUUGCUCUUCUCAUCUCCUCGGAGGUGACAGCCAGGGAUUUGGCUGAGACUACUACCACUUCUACUACCCCUAGUACUACUACCCCUACUGAUCAACAGACUAAUGCGGUAGAUGAUUCAAAGUAUUAUCGUCAUCAUGAUGGUGGAUAUUACGGAGGUGGCGGUUAUUACGGGGGUGGAUAUGGAGGCCGAUAUGGAGGCGGCGGAUACGGAGGUGGAUAUGGAGGUCGAUAUGGAGGUGGCGGAUACGGAGGUGGAUAUGGAGGUGGCGGAUACGGGGGUGGAUAUGGAGGCCGAUACGGAGGUGGCGGUUACGGAGGCGGCGGUUACGAAGAAGAAGGGAAUUAAACUUAUAGGAGGCCAAGUUAAAAUAUGUAUGAAUAAUGGAGGAAAUCUGAUCAGGCCCUUUAGAUUAAUUACAGUCAUCUAGUAGUUCAUCUGUUAGGGCAUGGUUUGUAUUUUCCUGUGUUUGAUUUAUUUUCCUGUGUAUGAUUUUCAAGUUGUGUUAAUUAAAUUACAUUGUAUUAA